GUCAGACGUCAGUCAAAGCAAAAUACUUUUCGUGAUCUUUCGCAAGCGAACAAACAGAUCUUUCGUGUUAAAAUUUCGCAAAGUAUUAGAAAAUUAUUAGUUAUGGUGUGCACUGUAAUGUUUUGAGUACUUGUGGCAGUAUAAAUUAUUGUUACAAUGGAGGUAACAACCGGCGUUGAGGACGGAUUCGUUAGGGAAUGGGCACCUUGUUCGCACAUAUUAAAUUUAAUCCCUACUCGUAUUCAAAAUGGUUUAUUUUCUAAUGAACUAUGUUUAACUUGCGUGGACGCUGUCAGCGAAUAUAUUGCUCUAGGGACGAAUGUAGGGCUGGUGUACUGGUACGACAGGAAAAAGGGAAACAUACAACGUCUACGAUGUGAGGCAACAACAUCUCCCAUCACAUUUGUGAAGAUCGUGAGCACGGUAGAUUUCAUGGUGGGAGCGGGCAAUGCUGCCGGACAGGUCACCGUGUUUCAGAUACCAAAGGAACAUCCGGACAAUCUGCCUGACAACUUUAAACCCAAAGUCGAGCCUAAAGUUGAGAGGUACACAAUCGGGGACCUUCACAAGAGCAAAAUAACAGCCAUAGAGUGGUCGAAGAACGGGAUGCGGCUUUUCUCCGGAGACAAGAAUGGGGUGAUCAUAAUGACAGAAAUUGAUUUCUACAUGCACCUGUGCAAAUCAGUGGAGAUAGUGAACGAGGAACACGAGAUAGUGCAGAUGAGCUACUACCAGAACACGCUGCUGGUGUCCAGCUUGUACCGGACCAUCGUCUGCGAGCAGAGGGACGCCAAGUGGCACGUCUCGCAGCUUGGCAAGAAGGAGCGCAAGAGCCUGUGCGCGCUGGGCGCGGUGUUCGUGUACUCGUACGCGCGCGGCGACGCCUGCGCCGCGCACGCGGUCGCCGCGCGCGCGGGGCUGCGUGUGUGGCGCGCGCGCAGGGGCGGCGACGUGCUGCACACGCUGCUCUUCAAGGAAGCGAUAUCGAACCCGCUGACGGUGGCGGAGCUCCUCAACCCGUCACUUCGCAAACAUUCGCACUCGCAGGCCGAGUAUAACUUCGGUCCUUUGCACCCCUUCCGGGAACACUUCCUGGUGUCACACAACGAACACUUCUUGUACAUUUUGGACCCGAGAUCGGCCACCGCUAUCGCCGUGGUCGAUGAUUUGCGCAAGAUAUUGUCGGUGUCGGUGGGCCGCGACGAGAUCUGGGUGCUGGAGGGCCCGCGCUCGCUCGUGAGACUAGCGCCCGCACCCGACCCCGCCGCAGACGAGCCCGUCAACCUCAUGACAAAAUCCCUCACCACUUCUAUCCAGCAAGCGGUGAACACCAUGCGGGACCUCACUCUCGACCAAACUGUCCCGUACAUCACCAGUGUACUCGAACAACCAAUUUCAAUAUUCACCACGAGCGAGGUCGACAGUAUAUCCAAAGCCGAGGAGUGCUUCGAGCUACCGCCUAUAAAACAUCUCCCGUCUGACAUAUCGGGAAAUGUCUUAGAGUCUAUCAUAAAUGAGUUCAAAGAUGUGUCGAGCGACGACGAAAUUAGGAAAGCGAAAUCGGAGGAAUUGCAAAAGAAAUUGAAGUUAUACAAUAGUAUAAUGGAGAAGAAGUGCGAUGAGGAGUUGAUACAUAGCAGUAGGAGGAGUCGGAGGAGGGACGGAGGGUCGGGGGGGAGCACCCCGCGGCUGUCCACACCGGUGAGGAAGGUCGACGUCAGUUACACGAGCCCUUGCCUUAUGAACGUGAGCGUUUAUGGGAAUGUGCCUAAUGACGAACUUCUAGAACAAGAAAUAGAGGAAAAGGAGAAAAUGCUAGCUAAAAUGCUGAACUUAGAAUCCUUGAGCAUUCCCACAAUGGCCAUAGACACGCAUCGAGAAGACACAGAUGAAAAACCUAUCACCAUCCUGUCAAAAUAUCCAAAUACAGAAACCAUAGAGAAAAAUGUUUUAGAAAGUUCUAAAGACGUUGAUAUUAAAAUUGAAAAUUCAAAAUUAGCUAAAAAAGAAACGAUUAAACCGAAUAAGGACUCGAAUCUUUUCAAUUUGGUUCCUAAUGUCGUACAGCUGCCUAACACAUGGAAUUUAGAUAAUAUUGAAUUGAAAUUAGAAACGCAAAUUAACACAAAAAGUGUUGUAUCGCCGGAUGACAAAUUGGAAGAUGAUUGGGAGAUCAUCUGAUGUAACAAGAAAACAACGUGAACUACCGUUGUUUUCCGAUAGAUGGCGCUUGUAUAUAACGUCACGUUUUGUGUGAAAAAUAUAAAUGGCCUACGGCUUAUGCACAUAGUUUCGACCUCGGUAAUAAGACGAGAUUUUUUUUGUAGGUUCUUAUGCCGUCGCUAUAUUUUAAAAUUGAAUGAGGGACCACUCCCUGGGUGACAGGCAAGAAUCAUCACAUUUAGAUAUUAUGAUCUUUAUUACUUAAUAACUAAAAGGUUGAACUUAGCUUGGCAAUCGUGAUGUAUUCAAUAGUUAUUUGGAAGUAUAUAACAUAGUUCCAAAGAGAUACAUAUCGGUUUAAAAAAAGCAAUAGAGUUUGGAACAGUCUUAUUCAUAAACAAUGUAAUCUCGCUUUUGAAUCGCUGAACGAAUAAUUACUUUUUUGACUUUCAACCCACAUUUACUUAUUUUGACAUUUAUUUUGAACUUAGAACCGCCAUUUUAUAUUAAGUUCUAAGUCCUUCGCAGCUAGUUCAGAGCCGCUAAUCUUAUUUAUUUUGGUUCUAUUAGAGUGAUGAUGGAGUGAUGGUAUAUAGUUUUUAUAAAAUUGACUAUUUGAUAUUUUAAAGUCAAAACUACCUGAAGAGGAAAAGUCCCACAGCCGACACCAACAACGCGGCCGUAUGCCGCGAGACUUAUUUCUUGAUGCGAAGUGCAAUGUAUUUAUUUACUAUUUGAUUCUUUGAUAUAUAUGUGAUUAGAUAAUCUCACACUCGAAAUUUCGACAAAAAAAAAUCGUAUUUUUAUUGAUAAAUCGUAGAUAGCUUCGUAAGAGAGAAGAACAAUGCAUUUAUGUGUAUGAUACGAGUAGAUACUAAUAUUGUUCAUUUAAUUUGUGGUAACUACAGGAUUCUCUUUAUUAUUUUACCUAGGUAUGUAGUGUAUAUUCUUAUGGUUUACUUAUGAAAGAAUCUUUAUAUACUUACGUUAACUUUUUCUUUUUAUUCAAAUCUUUUGUUUUUUCACCUUUAGAUUCUAUUAUCAUUAGAAUAGAUACUUUAUAAAUAAUAGUAGACAAUGCUAUGAAUUUAAAAAUAGAAUAAUGCAGUUUAUUAAAGCAAUCACAAUUAAAAAGUCAAUAAACAAGCAUUUUUUCUAACUUCGACAUAUGUAUUUUGUGAUCUCUAUUUUAAAAUUCGACCAUAUGGCAUGAUUUUACGCGCUGUAUGUCUAAUCUAAACAGACACGUUUUCAUUGCUUGCUCUAUGUAGAAUAGUUUUAACCGAUUACACGAAUUCUAAAUUGUUUUUCUUCUACCUGUCUCUCUCUUCUUUUAAGAAGGAAUUAAGUUUGGUUUCGCUCUCAUAUUUGGUUUUAGAUAUUAUUUUAUAUAAAAAAAAUACACAUACGCUAAUAUUAAAAUGUAAGCUGUAAAUUACGCAUUUGUGUAUUGUAUUUAUGCGGGAUUUGAUUUGAUAAAUCGUGCAGUAUUCGUUUUAAGAAUGUUGAACGUUAUCAAGAAUUUAAGUUGGCCGAAUUAAAUAUCAUUUAUUAUACGAAAUACGUAAGUCAAAAGUGCGAAAAGCAGCUCAUCUAGUCAUUUACAAUAUUAUUGGAUAUAAUCUGAUGUUUAAUUUUUUUUUAAAAUGUAAUUACAGUGUACUGUAUAAAAAGUUCAUUUCUAUGCCAUAAAGUAGGUUAAGCGAGUGAUAUCCUUGGUGUUGCUGGCGUUUGUAGGCUGUGGUGACCACUUACCAUCAGGUGGACCGCAUGCCUGUUUUUCUGCUUGGUAGUAUAUAAAAUAAAAACAAUUACAAAACAUUAUUACUGUAUAUGUGCACUGUUAAUUCACUUAUCAAAAUGUUUAAAGGGUCGGUUUUGAUAAGCUUUUUAACUAAUUAUUAAAAAAAAUAAUGACAUGAAAAAAUUCUGGAGAAAAUAAUUUCCAAAAUUUUUCCAUACAUAUUAUUAUUAUUGUCAAAAUUAGAAAAUGUCGUUUUGGAUGCUUAAAGUGUGAAUUGUAUAAGUGGUGGUCGUAUCUUGUUUUACCUGAAAUUAUGACAAGAUCUUGAUUGUAAACAUAUGUUCAAUCCUCAAUUGCAAUUUUGUUGUGAUAUUUUGUGCCGUUUUAUUUUAUAUUGAGAAUAAAAACACGCUUGUAAAAAUUG